CAAGUCACGUAUAUUCACCUCAUAUUAGCUGAACUAUCUAGGAGAAAGGCUGACGGAAAUUUUGAUGUAGCUGAACUAUUCAUUUUUAGAGACUCUUUGCUCACGAAAAAGGACCCAGUAAUUGUGGAAACGGACAAACUACAUUACAACAACUGUUCCCAGACAGUGGAUUUGUGAUAUAAAUUGCAAAUUACACAGCAGAGGAACGUUUUUUUUCCCCACCCUGGACUCAGUGGAGUUUCGAAAUCAACAUCCAGGAACUGAAUGCUUGUGUUUCCAACUGAAGCUUUCUCAUUUACUUGGAUUGGAGAAAUUGACUUUAACUACAUUUAAGGAGAUUGUGUGCACUGGGCCUUCGAUCCUACUAAAGUCUAUUGCAUAUUACUCAAGAACAGCUAAGAGUUAUUACUACCUGUGCACGGAAAACAAGUCUCCACGGCGACACAGCGCGAGGCAGCACAGUGACAUGGCCUGGUGUGGUCAAUCUUUCACACACCUAGUCAGCUGUUGUCGUUUUUACCCAAAGAGCUUCCUCAGACUAAGUCAGGUCGAAGAGUAAGGAAAAAAACUUAGAAUUGGAGUGAUCAACUCCGAGUGACACUUUCUGAGCACUGUGUUGCCGUGGUUAAAUUGUUGCCGUGACGUUUUCCUGAAGCCCAGCUCACAGAUGUCUAUGUCAAUAUCAAUGAUGGAUAUGACGUUUUGCCAGUCUCUGUGUGACUUUCCCAGCUCUGCGUCCGGCUAUGACCGUGCUCUGAACUCGCCGGAUUUGUCCAACAUCAGCAGUAGUCCACAGUUGGCAUUUAUGUAUGAGCAUGACGAGGCCCAAGACAGGGGUAAAGGCACAAAAAGAAACGUCUUCAUGUUCCAACAGUCAAUGGAGAUAAACGAACUGGACAGUGACCUCAACAACAGCUUCUGGUCGGACGGAUUGCUGUCGGAAACAUCCUUCGGAGAGAGUGGCCGAGCCUCUUUGUGGGACUUCUCUGGAUUUGACGAUAUCUCAAGUCCGCUUCAGCAUCCCGAAGACGAUCUCACUUAUGCGCCGACCUUAGCCGAGCUAAACAAUGACGACUCACAGAGUUUCGAUGCUAUGCUAAGCUCGCACAAUGCCAUUACACCGUUAAUCCGGAAGUCACAGUCCCACGACCUCAACAACAACAACAACAAAAAGGCAACGAGUAGUAGCGUGACAAAAGCUUCGUCAAGCAGCAUGGCUGGACCUGCUGCUGAUGUCAUGCAAGUCUCAAACGCCCUGCUGAUAAAACAGGAGAAAGUCGACCUUCCAAAGCCUCUCUCCAUUCCCGCCGAUGUCAAACCAAACUCGACCCCUGUGCUCUCGCAUGGAGGAGGUAGAACACACAGAGAGAAGGCCGUGAAAAGCUCAUACAGACUGACCCGAAAACCUAUCCACCAUCGGCAUCAUCACAGUCUGAUGAAGAGCACAAGAAAGUACAUCAGUCGGUAUGGGUUUGACCCAGGCAUCUCGUAUCCUCCAAAGAAGGGAAAUGUGGAGCAAAAAUGGCAGGAGAUCCGAAACUUCAUCGAAGAAGAUGUCGAUGGCGGAGCUCGUGAGAAACUUAUGGGGAGUCUAAGAUCCAGCCUAGAGCCUGAGCACAAGAAGCUUACAAUCAAGGUUGAACCCGGUCUCCAUCAGGCGUAUACUUCUGCUGGAGCUGAAGACUAUGACUCUCACGAUGAGGGUCUCGGGAGUGAGCAUGAAGACCAAGAUGAUGAGAUUGAUGAGGAUACAGAUGAGGAAGGUGAGGAGGAGGAUGGACUGAGCGAUGAGGAGGAGGAGGAGGAGGAAGAUAUGCACAAUGUGGAGGAGGAGGAGGAUGAUGCGUGUAGUGACAUCUCAGAGGACCAUGCAGAUGACGUUGCAGUUGUAAACAUUCAAGACCAAAUCCCGAUAAAAGUGAAAUCACGGCGCAGCGAGUACGACGAUCUGACCCCCAACCCCAAGCGACUUUUGAACAUCGGCAACGAACUCCACAAACUCAACAAGACCAUCAGCAGUAUGACGCCGGUCAGCGCGCUGCCGGUCAAUGCUCGCAAUAGAUCCAGGAAAGAAAAGAACAAAUUGGCAUCAAGAGCAUGUCGACUUAAGAAGAAAGCUCAACACGAGGCAAACAAAGUCAAGCUGUUUGGUCUGGAAAAAGAACAUGAUCGCUUGAUGCAGGUGAUUAUGGCCAUUAAGAAGGAGCUCGUUAUCUAUCUGGAGGAGCGGCCCAAGGAGCCUCCGCCUUGCCUCUCCAAACGCUUGAGUUCCCUCAUCCAGAGUAUCCUUGGUCAAAUGGUUGCGAAUCACACCCAGGAAUUUGUGAACAGCGUCCUGGAGAAGACGGCUAAUGGCAAGCUACAAGGUGGCUUGAGCUUCCUAAAACAUCAUAAUUAAGACAAUCCCGUAGCUGGACAUUGUGGUCGAAAGGAAAAGAUACAUGUCGACUUCAAGCUGUUGUAUCGAUGUGUCAGAUUGGAAGGGUGCACACAGCCCUACCCCUUCUUACCACCCCACCAGCAAAAUUUACCCAAAUUGCUUAUGUAUCAGAAACAUGGGUAAAAAGUUUGUGCAGGUAAAAUUCAUGUUUAUGCUCUUCAUUCCCAAUAAAAGUCAUACAUUGGCGUCAUCCAACGGCCAUCUUAGAGGUAAACCGGUGAUAAAGGCAGUGGCAGCUCACAGAUUUGUACGAGCGGCGCGCAAGACUGUCCAAUGAAAAAUCUAUACUCUAGGUGAUGGUGCCCUACCCAAAGGACUUAAUGGGAAAGGACUUAAUGGGCGUAGGGUCUGUUGGCAAACGGGGGUAAUAAUAGUUAUGUGGGAUUGUUAUGUCAUGGUUUGGUUAAUUUUCGGGUGAUAUUUUUUGUAGAUGUUAAAGGUAGAAGAAUUUUUAUUUUUGAUUUCGUGGAACACAAUAUUGGGAAAUGAAUAUCUCAAAGUUAAAGUUGAUCAAAUUUUGUCCAUGAUUGGUCGGUGAACCACUUGGCGUCAUAGACAUAUUUAAACACUUUUAUUUAUUUAUUUAUUUGUUUAUUUUGUCUUAUUCUUUAAGGGCAUCCCCAUUACUUGUAAAUGAACUGUUUUCCUUUCUGCCCUUAGCUGGUGGAUAUAUUAAAAAACAAAAAAAGUUAUAACAAGAUCUUUUUGCGCAGGCGCAGCUCAAAGCCCAAACCUAAGAUGUCCGUAAAAAUGGUGUUUCAAGAAUGAUGUGCAAAGACAUAAUUUGUUCUGUGAAGGCUUGAAAAAUGUUGGAUUUUGAAACACCAGAAUUAAAGCUACUAACUCUUUAAAAAAAAAAGUCGUAUUGGCUACAAAUGUAGGUCUUUUUAUGAUCAGUUUUAUCAUAUUUGUGAAUCGGACUUUGCUCAAAUUUUCUUAAAGGGAUUUAAUCAAUACGAAAAAAAAAAAAAAAAAAAAAAAGAAGAAUUACAAACCCUUUACUCUGCCUUAGUAUUAUUGCUUAAAUAUGUGAACAGAAUAAGAUUUGUUGUAAAUA